AUGGAGACUGAAGCAAGAGCCCUCAGAAGAGCGGAUGCCCACAAAUGCAGUGAACCUUUCCAGCACAAUUUUUCACGACACAAUUGCCGAAAGCCUCAGAUAGAACAGCGCAAAUUUGCUUUGUGCAUCGGUCCACAGUCACAAAAUCGCCAGUUUAAAACCCAAUGCCCCUGGAAGCGCCGUCCUCGAGCCCCCAUGCAGAUUCCCUUUUCUGUAAUGUGGACCGUCCUAAACGACUCGAGCCAGACGAGCCAGCCCGGCGCCUACGGGGAGGCUGGCAGUGAUGCCAAGACGACUGAACUGCCAAUCACCAACGUUUUCCUGUUGGCUGGCUAG